UCGAAUGAUUAAGAGCAUCACUUUUUUGUGCGCACUACAGUGACAUAUUGUUGAUUCGAUUCAGAGCGUUCAUUAUCGCUGAAAAAUAUCGCUACCUAAAUUUUGUUUAACGAUAAUAUUAUGUUUCAUGUGUUAUUAAUUAAUUUUAUUAUUACAAGUGCUUUCGUGAACGACGCUCAAGAAAUAGUUUGCUCUGAGAAGUCUACCGAAUGCACGAAGAGCGAGAGCGAAGAAAGCAGGGCCUGUCCGCGCAUCAUCAAUCGCGAAGGCUGGGAGGCCCGCCAAGCUCUGAGCUCGACUCUCAUGCCCGAGAGACCGGUUCGCUACGUGGUCGUGCACCACGGAGGCGUGCCCCGUUACUGCUACAACCGAUCGAGCUGCAGCGCCAUCCUACGCUCGUACCAAGACUACCACCUGGACAAUAAUCACUGGUCGGACAUCGGUUAUCAGUUUGUCAUCGGUGAAGAUGGUAACGUGUACCAAGGCCGAGGUUGGGACAAAGUAGGGGCGCACGCGCCCGGUUACAAUAAUCGGAGUAUCGGCAUCUGCGUGAUCGGUGAUUUUACCGAAAGACUACCAAACGCGUUGGCUUUGACGGCUCUGCACAAGCUCAUCGAGUGCGGCAUCGCGAUGAAAAAAUUACGAACUGACUAUCGUGUGAUCGGACACAGACAAGCAAGGAACACCCAGUGUCCGGGCAAUGCUUUUUACCAGUACGUCAGAAAAAUGCCCAACUGGAUGAACAGUCCUGAUUUAUUAUUAUCUAAUUAGAACUGAUAGCACUACCGCAGUAAGUGUUGAAUUUACACGUGAAAUAGUUACGAACAUUAAUGUUCACAAGUGUUUUUGCGUACUAUAAUCAUGCUUGUAAUUUUAAUAAAUAAAAUGUGUACAAGAAAAAUUUCAAAUUGAUUCCAUGCACUAGUAACGUAUCAUUACUUAAAGGAAGAAAUAAACUAAUGAUCUUUAA